AUGAUCAUCGGCACCCUCGUCUUUAUCGUCUUCGUCCUGAUCGAGAAGAGAGCAAGCCACCCGCUGAUUCCCUUCGGCGUCCUACGCAUCGAUUCCCUCUUCACUCUGGCCUACAUCAGCGCCGGCUGGUCCAGCUUUAGCAUUUUCGUCUUCUACACGCUAAACCUCCUCGAGGUCCUUAGGGAGCAAACGCCCCUUCUCACCUCUGCACAAAUGAUGCCCAUCGCUAUACGGGCUAUUUGUUACGGGCACCACGGGCAUACUUCUAAACAACUUCCGCGCGUCGAUAGUCAUGCUGAUCUCUAUGACCUUCUUCCUUAUCGGGGGUGUUAUCUUCGCGACGAUGCCUGUGGACCAGAUCUACUAGGCGCAGACGUUCGUGGGGAUCAUUGUCCUUCCAUAGGGCAUGGAUUCGUCGGUCUGGCUACGUCGCUGGUGACUACGUUUAUCAACUAUUCUAUCUCUAUUGGGCUUAGUUUUGCCGGUACUAUCGAGAGCUAG